UCAGAAAGGAUGUAACUGGUUAACUUCAGCCAUAUAUUGAGAUCCACCAUGCAAGCACUCCCCUCUACCGAAUGUAAGACUGUGUUUUUUUAAUAAACGAGCAUCUCACAAAUUCACACAUCACACAUUUAUGCCCUCUCCCUGAUGUAAAUACUUAUAAAUACUGGCGUUAUGCUGACAGGAGCGUUUCUCAAGGAGGAUUUCCCCAACCUGGAAGUUUACAAGCAGGCUCGGCAGUGUGUGUAACCCGUCUUGCCUCUACAUGCAGCAGCCUCGCCAAAGCACCCUCCCUAUCUGCCUGCCCGAGAUGUGGCACCGGCCGACACUCCUACCACAACACUUUUUCAGAGGGCGGAGGAAAACAGAGCUGCAAGACCUCAACCUGCUCUUCAGGUGCCAGCCGUGCACGCAUGUAGGGCCACCUCACUCCUCUAUCAGCCACGGUUUUGAACACAGACAGGCUGCCGCUGCCAGGGUUUUAUGGGCGAAGCGCCCUGCGUCGCUGCUCGAAGGGUGCGUGGCCUCCCCCCGGCACCUGUGGCCGAAGGCGUGACUUGGCAGCAGGUAAACGCUGCCUCUCCCCGCCUGUAACCAUAGCCCUGCGCUUGCGAGGGAAUUCGAGCCCGCGCUGCCGGCAGCAGGUGGCACGGUCCCGGUGGCCCCCGGGGCGCUCCCCGCCGCUGCGCAGCGAAGAUGGUGGAAGGAGGUUUCACCAAACUCUUCCAGAAAAGGUCAUUUUUCCGCUUUGUGCAGAAAUAUCAGCCCCUUGGGAGCGGCGAGCCGGAAGAGGAGACCCAUGAGGAGUGUGAGCUGAAAAUAAUUGAGCAGCAGGAGGAGGAGGUGACGGUUCUGCCCGCAAAAGACGCAUGUAAACGCCAUAAAGAAGACUUGGCAAAAGCUUUAAAUGUUGACUUACAAACCGGACUCUCUGAGUGUUCUGUGCUACAGCGCAGGUUAAAACAUGGCUGGAAUGAAUUUUCAGUAGAGAAUUCGGAGCCUAUAUGGAGGAAAUAUCUAGACCAGUUUAAAAAUCCCCUCAUUCUCUUGUUGCUGGCUUCCGCUUUAGUAAGCGUCAUCACGAAAGAAUACGAGGACGCCGCAAGCAUCGCCAUGGCGGUGCUCAUCGUGGUCACCGUGGCCUUCAUCCAGGAAUAUCGCUCAGAAAAAUCUCUGGAAGAGCUUAACAAGCUGGUGCCCCCCGAGUGCAACUGCCUAAGGGAAGGAAAACUGCAGCAUCUUCUAGCACGAGAGCUUGUGCCUGGAGAUAUCAUAUAUCUGUCUGUUGGCGACAGGGUUCCUGCAGACCUCAGGCUGAUAGAGGUUACAGAUCUGCUGGUGGAUGAAUCCAGUUUUACUGGAGAAGCUGAGCCUUGCAACAAGUCUGACAGUGUCUUACUGGAAGCCGGAGACAUAACCACACUGAGCAAUGUUGUUUUCAUGGGGACCCUGGUGCGAUACGGGAAGGGAAAAGGCGUAGUUAUUGGGACGGGUGAAAAUUCACAGUUUGGAGAGGUGUUCAAAAUGAUGCAAGCUGAAGAGACCCCCAAAACACCUCUCCAGAAAAGCAUGGACAGACUGGGCAAGCAACUCACUCUUUUCUCCUUCGGCAUAAUCGGUUUAAUAAUGCUUAUUGGCUGGUUACAAGGGAAGCAUCUCCUCAGCAUGUUCACGAUUGGAGUUAGCCUGGCGGUGGCCGCCAUCCCAGAGGGCCUCCCCAUCGUGGUCACCGUAACGCUGGUGCUGGGCAUUCUCCGCAUGGCUAAGAAAAGGGUGAUUGUGAAGAAGCUGCCCAUAGUAGAAACCUUAGGUUGCUGCAAUGUCAUCUGCUCAGAUAAGACAGGCACUCUGACAGCCAACGAGAUGACGGUGACUCAGCUCGUGACCUCAGAUGGGUUCCAGGCAGAGGUCAGUGGGGUGGGCUACAAUGGAGAAGGAAAUGUUUAUCUCCUGCCAUCAAAGGAGAUUCUUAAAGAAUUUUCCAACGUCUCAGUUGGGAAACUAGUGGAGGCUGGCUGCGUGGUCAAUAACGCCAUUAUCAGGAGGAACAGUGUGAUGGGACAGCCCACAGAAGGAGCUCUCAUUGCCCUUGCAAUGAAGAUGGAAUUAGCUGACAUAAAAGAUAUUUAUGUAAGAAAGAAGGAAAUUCCAUUUAGCUCUGAACAAAAGUGGAUGGCUGUGAAAUGCACGCUGAAAAAUCAGGAUCAGGAAGAUAUUUACUUUAUGAAAGGCGCAUUUGAAGAAGUGAUUCGAUAUUGCACUCUGUAUAACAGCGGUGGCAUCUCGUUAGCGCUUACACCCCAGCAGAAAGGCUUCUACCAGCAGGAAGAAAAACGAAUGGGCUCCUCAGGACUACGGGUACUUGCUUUGGCUUCAGGUCCGGAACUUGGCAAACUAACAUUUUUAGGUCUGGUUGGAAUCAUUGAUCCCCCGAGGGCUGGAGUGAGAGAAGCUGUUCAAGUCCUUUUUGAGUCUGGUGUAUCAGUAAAGAUGAUAACUGGGGAUGCCCUGGAAACUGCUGUGGCUAUAGGACAGAAUAUUGGACUCUGCAAUGGGAAGCUGAAAGCCAUGUCUGGGGAAGAGCUGGACCAACUGGCAGAGGCAGAGCUAUCAUCCACUGUCAAAAAUGUUUCCAUUUUCUUCAGAACAAGUCCAAAGCACAAACUAAAAAUCAUAAAGGCUCUGCAGAGGGCUGGUGCUGUUGUGUCAAUGACGGGAGAUGGCGUUAACGAUGCCGUGGCCCUUAAAUCGGCCAAUAUCGGGAUUGCAAUGGGACGAGCUGGUACAGACGUCAGCAAAGAGGCUGCCAACAUGAUUCUCGUGGACGACGACUUCUCAACAGUAAUGAAUGCAAUAGAAGAGGGAAAAGGAAUAUUUUACAACAUAAAAAAUUUUGUCCGGUUCCAGUUGAGCACGAGCAUUUCAGCGCUGAGCCUAAUUACUCUGUCAACAGUGCUCAACCUACCAAAUCCACUCAAUGCUAUGCAGAUCCUAUGGAUCAACAUCAUCAUGGACGGGCCGCCAGCCCAGAGCUUGGGAGUUGAACCUGUUGAUAGAGAUACUAUCAAACAGCCACCCCGACGUAUCACGGACACUAUACUCAGCAAAUCAUUGAUCUUGAAAAUCUUCAUGUCAGCUAUAAUUAUCAUCAGUGGAACCCUCUUUGUCUUCUGGAAGGAGAAUCCAAAAAGUGGCAUAACUCCUCGAACCACAACAAUGACUUUUACCUGUUUUGUGUUUUUUGACCUCUUCAAUGCCCUGACCUGCCGCUCUCAGACAAAGUUGGUAUUUGAAAUAGGCUUUUUUCGAAACCGCAUGUUCUUGUAUUCUGUGCUUGGGUCAUUUUUGGGACAGCUGGCUGUUAUAUACGUCCGUCCAUUACAAAAGAUCUUCCAGACAGAGAAUUUAGGAGUGCUAGACCUGCUGUUUCUGACUGGCCUGGCUUCCUCCGUUUUCAUUGUGUCCGAGUUCGUCAAACUCUGUGAAAAACGCUGCUGCCGACCGAAGCACACAAAGGGGUGUCAGAACUGAUGUGACCUUCCUCUAAAGAUGUACUUGGGACGGAGCUGUGAUGAUUGAUAAUGCAAAUGCACUGUCUUCUGAUGCCGCACAUCCUUUCUGAAGAUACUCACGUGAAGCUGUACUGACAGCCCUUCCUACUCCAGAGUCUGUUCCUCCUACGUGCUCUGCCUGAACUGUCUACAGAAGCCUCUGGAGCGGCUCCUGUUUUAAAC